CCCGGCGGGGGGUUUAUAUCGGCCUGGCCGCGGCACCGCCGGGAUCAGCGUCGGCAGCAUCCCGAGCGAGAUGGAGGGCGGGCGGCAGGUGGCGAACUUCGGGGCCGGGCCGGCGAAGCUGCCGCGCUCCGUAUUAUUAGAAGCACAGAAAGAGUUGGUAGACUACAAAGGACUUGGUAUAAGUGUUCUUGAAAUGAGCCACCGUUCCUCAGAUUUCACAAAAAUUUUAAAUAAAACGGAAAAUCUCAUGCGUGAAUUACUAAAUAUACCAGACAACUACAAAGUUCUUUUCCUUCAAGGAGGUGGAUCUGCUCAGUUCAGUGCAGUCCCCCUUAACCUCAUUGGUUUAAAGGAGGGAAGACAGGCAGAUUAUGUGGUUACUGGAGGUUGGUCAGCAAAAGCAGCUAAAGAAGCAGAGAAGUAUGCCAAGGUGAAUAUCGUUCAUCCGAAACUGGGAGCCUAUACAAACAUUCCUGACCCAAGCACUUGGAAUCUGAAUCCAGAUGCAUCUUACGUCUAUUACUGUGCUAAUGAAACUGUCCAUGGUGUGGAGUUUGAUUUUGUACCUGAUGUCAAAGGAGCAGUCUUGGUUUGUGAUAUGUCAUCAAACUUCCUGUCCAGACCUGUGGAUGUUUCCAAGUUUGGUGUGAUUUUUGCUGGUGCUCAGAAAAACGUUGGCUGUGCUGGAGUUACUGUUGUAAUAGUACGUGAGGACUUGUUGGGAUUUGCACUGAAGGAAUGCCCUGUUGUACUGGAUUACAAAACACAGGCAACGAAUAGCUCUUUGUAUAACACUCCCCCAUGCUACAGUAUUUAUAUCAUGGGAUUGGUACUGGAAUGGAUAAAGAAUAAUGGUGGAGCUGCAGCUAUGGAUAAACUUAGUUUAAUCAAAUCACGAAUGAUUUAUGAUAUUAUAGACAAAUCUAAUGGAUUUUAUGCAUGUCCAGUGGAGAGAAAGAACCGAAGCAGAAUGAAUGUCCCUUUCCGUAUUGGCAGUGUUAAGGGUGAUGAAGCCCUGGAAAAGAAAUUUCUUGAGAAGGCUGUGGAACUUAACAUGAUAUCUCUGAAAGGACAUCGAUCUGUGGGAGGAAUCCGUGCCUCUUUAUAUAAUGCGGUGACUGUAGAAGAUGUUCAGAAGCUUGCAACGUUCAUGAGAAGCUUCAUGCAGAUGCAUCAGUCAUAAAUGCCCAUGGGUUAGAGCCAUGCUGCACAUCUAUGAAAUAAAAGCUAAAGAGUUUGAAAGUUACUGUGGUACUGCACAGCUAUAGCGCACAAGUUGUAUUUUCAUUUAGUUCCUGUAGCUAUUUUAGUUAACUGUGUGGGAUUGAGGCCCAGUCUUGCAAUGACUUGGCAGUCUUGUCUUUGCUGAAGGUGAGGAUCCCUAGACUGAUCAUUUGAAAAACAGUAUUCUCAACAUGUAGUUAAAAUAUGAGUAGCAUUGUAAGGUGCUAUGGAUCCUAGUCUGUUUCUUGCUUCUAGUCACAAAUUACUUCAGCAAUGUCUUGUUUUUAGUAAACUUCAGGAAGCAAAAUUUGUCGUAAGCUUUCUGUAAUGCUUUACAUACUCUGUGACUGCACAGUGAAGCUAACAUGGUCCCUAAGGACGUAUAGUUGGUUUAUUGGAUAUAUUCCAACAGUAUACCACCAGCAGUAUUUAGGAGUUAAUAUCAGUGUUCCUGACUUGAAAACCCUACCUUCAGACUACUGCUCCCGUGCUUGAAGUACUGUCAUAACAAUUGCAAAUAACUGGUUGCAGUUAAAGUCUGCAGGACUGGGCCUCUUUUCCUAUUAUCAUUUAUUAGUUUAAAGCUAAGAUUCAUGCAUCUGAUUAAAUCAAUUUAUAAGAUUUUUUUACUUCUCUAUGCAUUUUGUAUAUUAAAAUCCUAGAUUAUUAAUUUUAUAUUCUUAUUUUGUAGUAUGCAUAUUUGCUGCUCCCAAAAACUUGUUCUUAAUUUGUUAUCUUUGUGCCAAACUGAAUUGCUGUAUUCCACUCAAUGGACUGGUGACUUUCUCUGCACUGACUUUCUAGCCCAAAAUGCAGCAGACUUUCUUGUCUGGUUCUUCUUAAAUGUCU